AUGGGGCAAAAUACCGUUCGGAGAUGUCUGUUUACAAUGCGAAACAGCGCACACAGGAGAGCGUACGCGACAAACAGAGACAGUAAAGACAGUAAUUCUACCUCUUCGACGAAGAAAAUAUACUCUCUCAUAGAUAAGUACGCCGCGCUUCCGAGCAGCAACGUCGAGAAUAUCGUCGAUAUAACGAAAAUGAAAAGGAAACUUCAAAACUUAGACGCGAUUAUUGCAGCGCACGUCGUCACGCAUCCAAACAGUCAACUCUCACACGGCAACCAAACAGAGGAAUUCGGGAACAACGACAGGUUGCACCAGUUAACUGUCAACGAACGAGAAAUCACGGACGCGUUCAAGAUUCGUAACUUAGCGCGCGCGUUUCGAAAUCGCGGACAUCUGGUCGCUAAGCUAGACCCACUCGGGAGAAACUUAGGCCAAGUGACGAGAGGCAGCGAAACCGACGCGAAGACGAGAACGUCCGUCCCUACCGAUGGAGUCGAUUUGGCAAAGUUGAUGAAAGACUUCGACAAAAAUAGACUAAGAGACGAUACGACGGGAAGGAAGCUCAAUUUGAACGAGUAUCUCGGUUUAUCGGACAGAAAUGAAGACAGAGAAUUUUACGUGGGCGAUGAUUUAGCGACUUUCGAUAAAGCACAUAACGGCAAGUUACGGUGGAAAGCGAAGGAUAUUCUCGGACGCCUACGAAGCACGUACAGCGGCACGUUCGCCGUGGAGUAUACGCAUCUCACAUCCGCGACGAAGAAAACGUGGUUGCGCAAGCGCUUAGAGCCAGAACACGCGAUGCAAACGACGAAAGACCAGAAGAUUAAAAUUAUGAAACGUUUGACAGUCGCGGAUGCAUUUGAGGAGUAUUUAGCGGAAGCGUUUCCAUCCGCCAAGCGAUUCGGUUUGGAAGGCGCCGAAGGUGUCGUGCCAGGUUUAGUUUCGCUCGUAGAACGCGCGUCGGAACAGAAGUGUGAAUCCAUAGUAUUAGGAAUGGCGCAUCGCGGAAGAUUGAAUGUGCUUUCAAAUAUAUUUCAAAAGCCUUUCGGAGCGAUCGUAUCAGAGUUGAAGGAUGACAAAGAAUCCUUCAUGGUAGGCGACGUGCGCUAUCAUCUCGGCUUGAAAUCAAAAGUGCAAGUGCCGAUGCGCGACUUGACCGAUAUCGAAGAUUCUAAGGAUGAAAUGAAGAGCAAGAAAAGCUCACGAUCGAUCGAACUCGAAAUUUUGCCGAACCCGAGUCAUUUGGAAAUGGUCAACGCCGUCGUCACCGGCGUCGCUCGCGGUAAACAGUUUAAAAUUUCACCACAUACGAAUGGACAUGGUGAUAACGCGCGCAAUAAAGUUAUCCCGUUAAUCAUACACGGCGACGCUUCAUUCUCUGGUUUAGGUCAGAAUCCCGAAGUUAUGACUUUGCAAACACUCUUCGACUACACCACGGGAGGCACGAUACAUGUCAUCAUCAACAAUCAGAUUGGAUUUACAACUUUACCGAGAAGAGCGAGGAGUUCUCCACAUCCUUCCGACGUAUCGAAAGGGUUUAACACGCCAAUAUUUCACGUCAACGCGGAUGAUCCCGAAGCUAUAAAGAACGCGAUGGACAUCGCUAUCGAUUACCGACAAAAGUUUAAUACGGAUGUCGUCGUCGAUGUGGUAUGUUACCGUAGGUUCGGUCACAACGAAUUAGACGACCCUAGCGUUACCUUGCCAGUUACGCAGAAACUCAUCGAGAAAAGGCCUCGCGUAUCCGAGAUAUACGCAAAUAAAUUGAUUGAAGAAGGUGUCAUUGAUGAAACAGAUGUACUUCGUUGGAAACGAACCGUAUUAAACGAAUUGAAGAAGCAAUCGGAAGAGGAGAAGAGCUUUGCAAAAAACACGAGCAAUUGGGUGCAAAACGUGUUUCGCGACUACUCUGCUGUCGGUGGUGGUGGUGGCGUUUUAGGCGCCGAAGCGAAGAACAUUACCACUGGUACCGGGAUUCCGAGGCAAAUGAUGCAAUUUAUAUUGGAUCAUUUAAGCAAAGUUAGCGCAAACGAUGAAAAUUUUGCUCUCCAUCCGAGAAUCGAGAAACUCUUACAGUACAGGCGAAGAGCGAUGGAAGGAAAAACCGGCAUAGAUUGGGCAUUGGCUGAGCACGUUGCGUUUGCAUCGUUCGUUUUAGCCGGAAAGCACGUGCGUUUGUCUGGUCAAGAUUGCGAACGAGGAACGUUCAAUCAGCGUCAUUCGGUGAUUUUUUGCUGCGAGACGGGAAGGGGAGUAAACAAAAUCAACGAAAUGGUAACGAGUAUUGACGACCACAGCAAUGUACACACAUCAUCGUCGCGAGAAAGCAGUGCUGCGUGGUUUAUUGCAGCCAAUUCUCCUUUAUCCGAACACGCUGUUUUAGGUUUUGAAUAUGGAUUUUCCGUGGAGAGCGAGAAUGAAGCGGUGACGAUUUGGGAGGCGCAAUUUGGAGAUUUCGCGAAUAACGCGCAGGUAAUCAUCGACCAGUUCUUAUUAACUGGUGAAGAAAGAUGGGGACAGCAAAGUAAUCUGAUAGUGUUGCUUCCUCAUGGAUACGAAGGACAAGGACCUGAUCACUCCACCGCCCGAAUCGAACGAUUCCUCCAGAUGACCAACGACGAUGGCGACUCUCUUCCCGGUUCAUCAUCAUUCGAUCGCGCGCUCAUGGAUAAGAUUUUCAAAGCCGUCUCCACGGAUGCGAACGACUCGCGCAAUGGUAAAGUGGUCAAUUUAGAAGUGCUCAGAGAAACGUUUUCAAAGAAUGAUGACGAGAAAACCUCAUCUUCUCCGAGCGCGGAGGACACGGAAACGAGCGAGAACGACGAGAGAAGUCAAAGCGUUGGCUUGUUUUCAGACAUACAAGCAUACUUUGGAGACCGAAAAGAGGUCACUCGAAGAGAAUGGGAUAGGUUUGCGAAACGUUUAGCGAGAGCCUCCGCAACGUCUCGCGCAAACUUUUUACUGUUACAACCAACGACGCCGGCGCAAUACUUCCACGCUUUGCGCAGACAGUCUUUGAUGAAUAACUCAAACAGAAAGCCACUCGUUAUCAUCACUCCAAAGUAUCUGUUGCACCACAGAAGAUGUCAAAGUCUUUUAGAAGAUUUUGACGAACGUUCGAGCUUUCGCCGCGUCAUAUGUGAUGGCGAUGCCGGCGAUCAGCUUUUCAACGACGAUGAUAACACGAGCAUAGCGCAAAAACAAGGCGACGAAAUAAGAAAAGUUCUAUUGUGUUCGGGGAAGAUUUGGUACGAUUUGAGCAGGCACAGAACGGCGAACAAAAUCGACGACGUGAUUUUAGUGCGCUUAGAGCAGAUAUUCCCGUUUCCGUACGACGCAUUGGCGCGACGUUUGACCCGCUUUCCUAACGCAAAAUUGUGUUGGGUCCAAGAAGAGCCGAAGAAUAUGGGCGCUUGGAGUUACAUUAAAGACAGAGUAAAGACUACAGAAAGGGCGAGUUCAAGUGGUGCCGAAUGGAUGAGAGAUAUCUCGUACGUUGGCCGCUCGCCAGCCGCGAGUCCAGCGACUGGUUCACAAAGCGUUCAUUUGAAGGAAGCGGAGGAAAUCGUUCGCGAAGCCUUCAAAUGA